GGCAGGUGACCCCUUCCCUAUCGCAGGAUAAGCAGUAUUUGUGCGACUGAAGUUUUCAAUUUUUUUCCCCCCCACGUUCGAAAAUAUUUUCGAAAUGUCGGCAAUUGGGGGUCUGCGGCUGAAGGAAAUCAUUCCUAGAAUUUUAUUGUAUAGGAAUGCUGCAACUCGGGACUUUUCUUGUGCUUGCAGACAAUCACUUCUGCUCGCGAAGAAUCCGGCGAAGACGUCCUCGACCUAUCUGAUAUUUUCCCGUCAGAGAGAUCCUGUCUUCCGCACUUGUAGUACUGCGACCAACGUAGAUGUGUCCUAUGAAAAGUUGAAGCAGCUGCUCGCAGCCAGAGACGGGGUUGUGGUUAUUGAUGUCAGAGAACCGUGGGAACUCAGAGAAUAUGGGCAGAUCCCUGGGUCAGUAAAUGUUCCCUUGGGACAGGUUGACCAGGCCCUGAAACUGGACCCUAAAGAGUUCAAGGAGAAAUAUGGUUCAGCUAUGCCAUCACAGUCUGAGAACAUUAUCUUUUCCUGCCUUGCUGGCGUUAGAAGCAAAAAAGCCCUGGACAUAGCUGUGUCUUUAGGAUAUUCCAAUGUGCAGCAUUAUCCUGGAGGCUGGGAAGAAUGGGUGAAGAAUGAAUUGCUGCACAGGAAAAACUAAGGACUUUAUCACUGAAAGGAGUUUUACAGUAUUGUAUAUUGGUUUGAAACCACCAUCUGAAAAAAUCAAAUUUAAGAAAAACAUUUAAUGAUUGAUUCCAUGAAAAAUGCCUCCUGUUUACAUCCAAUUUAAGAAGAAGCAUGGUCUGUAUUAAUGAUCUCUAUUCCAAAGUUGGUUUUGUGCAUGUGCAAAGCUUGAUCUUUCUGAAAGAAAAAUGGCUUUACAGUUCAGGUAUUACAGUGGGGCUGCGUUCUAGAAAUUGCCCUUUAAUCAUUGGCUGUCCAUAGAUGAUAUGGAAGAAAAACCGUCCUCAGAUUAUCACCCAGUGAAAGGUGACAUUGUAAAAGCGUUGAAUCAAUUGAAGGAGUUGAAAAGAUUUCUUGGUAUCUUUCAAUACAAGGUUAUAGCAUUUCCUUGUUCUGUGUCCCUGUAAUCAAUUACAUUAUUUUUUUUACAUUUUUGCUUUUAUGCUUUACAUUUAGUAUCUGUAUACACGUGUCCCCAUAUAUAUAAAGGUUAAUUUAAAAUCUGUGAUAGUUAACCGUUAAGGAGCAUUUUUGUAUUCUUGGACUUUUCACAUUAGUUAAGUGUGGUCAUGUCCUCUUGUUGUUGAUACCCAGAACUGUGUGUAUGUGCAUCUGUCUUUUGCAUUGCCAUUUUCUGUGGUUACUGCUGAAGAUGCCACAUUAUAAAAUGUACAUAAUUGUACUAUUAAGGUAACUUUUUUCUAUUGAGUAAACAAAACAGGUUUAUGCAAAAAUAUUAAGAAAAUACCUCAAUUUUUUUU